AAUUAACUGAUCCUAAUCCUUUCAUAGUCUUACGUUUGUUUUUGAAAAGUAUUUCGCUUUGAAAAUAAAUUCGAGAUAUUAGCAAUAGAAAAAAUGCGUCGUAGCAUGGCGCCGAGUCAAUUGACUGACUUGAAGCGACCAAACACCAACUUCAAAUCACCGCUCAUCGAACCGUCUCGCAAAGUUCGUAAAUGUCGUGAUGAAAAUGUUACACUCACACAACCGGCGCCCAAACUUUCCGUAUCGGAGUACGAAACACUUAUUCACAAGAUUCUCAGCAAACCGUUCAAAGUACCCAUUCCCGAUUACAUUCCGGACACAUUUGGAAAUCGAUGCCUCGGAUUGAAGAAAAACGUUUUCCGCCGUGCCCUACACGAUCCCUUCGCAUGCAAUGCAUUGGUAUUGUACACUCCGCCCACAACCGAGAUGUCGAAGCAUGAUAUGCUAAAAGUUGACAAGUCAAAGAUCUUGGUUCAUGUUGUGGUCGAUCCUGUUGUAGGUAAUGUCCUGCGGCCUCAUCAGCGCGAAGGCGUCAAGUUCAUGUAUGACUGUGUGACUGGCGCUCGUGGCGAUUUUCAAGGCUGCAUCAUGGCCGACGAAAUGGGUCUCGGAAAGACAUUGCAGUGCAUCACAUUACUAUGGACUUUGCUGAGGCAAAGUCCCGAAUGUAAGCCGACCGUAAACAAGGCGAUUAUAGUCAGUCCGAGCUCGCUGGUGAAGAAUUGGUACAAUGAAUUUGGCAAAUGGUUAGGAAAUCGAGUGAAUGCACUGGCCCUGGACAAUGGGUCGAAAGAAGAAACGACGAGAUUGUUGACACAGUUUAUGGCCAAUCAAGGUCAACGAAGCGGAACACCAGUGCUGAUUCUCAGUUAUGAAACGUUCCGUUUGUAUUCGGACAUUUUGAACAGUUCUGAGGUCGGUCUGUUGCUGUGUGAUGAGGGUCACCGCUUGAAAAACUGCGAAAAUCUCACAUACAAUGCACUGAUGGGUCUGCAAACGAAACGGCGAGUAUUGCUGUCAGGUACGCCCAUCCAGAAUGAUCUAACCGAGUACUUUAGCUUGAUUCACUUUGUCAAUCCUGGAUUAUUGGGAUCAAGAAACGAGUUCAAAAAGCAAUACGAAAACAUAAUCCUUCGUGGACAAGACGCUGGUUCCACCGACUCUGAACGACAAAAGGCAGGUGAACGUUUAACCGCCCUGACAAACAUCGUCAACCAAUGUCUGAUCCGACGAACGAAUCAAAUUCUCACCAAAUACCUGCCGGUCAAAUUCGAGAUGGUCGUCUGCGUGGAGCUGACGCCACUUCAAAAGGCGCUGUACAAAAGUUUCAUUGCAUCGGAUUCGAUAAAGAAAAAUGUUUUGAACAAAUCGGAAGUGAAAGCUAGUCUGACCGCAUUGAGUAACAUCACUUCGUUGAAGAAACUGUGCAAUCAUCCAGAUUUGAUCUACGACAAAAUUAUGGAACGAGCUGAGGGUUUCGAGAAUGCUGCUAAAAUUCUGCCGGCCGAUUACAGCGUAAAAGAACUGCGACCCGAACUCGGCAGCAAGAUUAUGUUGCUCGAUAUGAUGUUAGCGAGCAUUAAAGCCAAUACAACCGACAAAAUUGUGCUGGUGUCAAAUUACACCCAAACCCUGGACCUGUUCGAAAAACUGUGCCGUAAACGAGGCUACCGUUACGUUCGUCUGGAUGGCUCAAUGACAAUAAAGAAACGAAGCAAAGUGGUCGACGAAUUCAACAAACCCGAAUCGGAUCAAUUCAUUUUCAUGCUCAGCUCGAAGGCUGGCGGUUGCGGUUUGAAUCUUAUCGGCGCCAAUCGACUCAUCAUGUUCGAUCCGGACUGGAAUCCAGCCAAUGACGAACAAGCUAUGGCACGAGUGUGGAGAGAUGGCCAGAAGAAACCUUGUUUCAUAUACAGACUGCUAAUGACCGGAUCGAUUGAAGAGAAAAUCUUUCAACGGCAAGCACACAAAAAGGCACUGUCGAAUACAGUGGUCGAUCAAAAUGAAGAUGGCGAACGACAUUUCACGAAGGACGAUCUACGGCAUCUGUUUCGACUGGAGGAGAACUGUCUGUCCGAUACUCAUGAGAAAUUCAAAUGUAAACGUUGCGUCAAUAACCUUCAAACGAAACUACCUCCGGAAGACUCUGAUUGUACGUCCGAUCUGUCACAAUGGUACCAUUGCACAAAUAACAAAGGACUGCCGGAUACGAUUCUAAGUAACGCAUGGGAAGUGGCCAAAUGUGUCUCGUUUGUCUUCCACCAUCGAUCGAGUGGUGGAGCAGUUGAACCGGUCAGUGACACUAAGGUAACGAAGGCAAAGCGUAAAAUUAUCGAUGAAGAUGAGGAUGAAGAGUACGUCGAAUCAGACAAUUCUGAUGAUGAAGACUAUGACGGAAAGUGAUGACGAGGAAAGUGUUGCAGCAACCAUUGUGGUAUGUGAAGUCAUUUAUUGUUUUUUUUAUUCGAAAUCACUGCCCGAGUCAGAGAAUUUUCUUUGUGAUUUUUUUUGUUGAAUGGAGAAAAUAAAAAUUUUAUUCCCCGCCCAUCCCAUACUGGGAUGGUAAAAGUUAA